UUCCACUUUUCCAGAAAGAAGCGUAACCACUCACUUCCCCUUUCUCCAAAUAUACGGGUAAAGUCGUCAGUGCAGAUAAGGGGAUCUACAUGAGCAGCAGUAUCACCAAGGCUCUCAUGGAACUCGAGUUAGACGAUGAUGGGAGAAUCCCAAGAACAGGGAAUGCUUUUACUGCUACGACGCACAUAAUAACGGUGGUGAUUGGGGCUGGUGUGCUAGCUCUAGCGUGGGCAUUGGCCCAACUAGGAUGGAUAGCUGGUAUAGCCAGCGUGCUCUUAUUUGCAUCCAUUUCUGUUUUCACUUACAGCCUUGUAGCCGAUUGCUACAGAUUUCCAGACCCAGUCAAUGGCAAGAGAAAUUACACUUACAUGCAGGCUGUCAAGGCAUACUUAGGUGGAACGAUGCAAGUGAUUUGUGGAUCAAUUGUAUAUGCGAAGCUCGCCGGGAUCACAGUGGGCUACACAAUAACUUCAUCCAUAAGCUUGGUAGCUAUAAAGAAAGCAGUUUGCUUCCACCAAAGAGGACAUGCAGCUGAGUGCAAAUUUUCUUAUAAUCCCUUCAUGAUCGGCUUUGGGAUAUUGCAAAUUUUCUUGUCUCAGAUCCCAAACUUCCACGAACUCACAUGGCUCUCAACAGUUGCUGCUAUCACCUCAUUUGGUUAUGUAUUCAUUGCAAUUGGGCUAUGUCUCUCGGUUCUCAUCUCAGGAGAAGGAGCUUCAACCAGCAUAACUGGAACCAAAAUAGGGCCGGAACUGUCUGCAGAAGACAAAAUUUGGAGGGUUUUCAGUUCAAUGGGAAAUAUAGCACUCGCUUGCAAUUACGCUACUGUUAUUUAUGAUAUAAUGGACACUCUAAAGUCACAUCCACCAGAAAAUAAACAAAUGAAAAAGGCUAACGUGAUAGGGAUCACAGCAAUGACAACAGUAUUUCUACUAUGUAGUGGCCUUGGCUAUGCUUCAUUUGGUGAUCAUACACCUGGUAACAUUUUUACUGGAUUUCGUGAGCCCUUUUGGUUGGUCGCCUUGGGAAAUGGUUUCAUCGUAAUCCACAUGAUUGGAGCAUAUCAGGUGAUGGCUCAACCAUUCUUUCGUGUAGUUGAAAUGGGCGCUAACAUAGUUUGGCCAGAUUCAAAUUUCAUAAACAAGGAAUAUCCAAUCAGGAUGGGCAGUGUAACAGUUUAUUUCAACCUGUUCAGGCUAAUAUGGAGGACGAUAUUCGUGAUUUUGGCUACAAUUCUUGCCAUGGCAAUGCCAUUUUUCAAUGAGGUUCUUUCCCUGCUUGGAGCAAUUGGGUUCGGGCCUCUUGUUGUGUUCUUCCCUAUACAAAUGCACAUUGCCCAGAAACGCAUAAGAAAACUAUCAGUGAAGUGGUGUGCACUCCAACUUUUAAACUGCCUCUGCUUACUUGUUUCAUUGGCUGCUGUAGUUGGUUCAAUCCAUCAAAUAAGCCAGGAUCUUCACAAAUACAAGAUAUUCUCGUAUAAACAAUAGCCACAUGGAACACAAAGCAUGAGUAAUAUACUAUGAUGUGCCCUGGAGGCAAUAUUCCAACAACUGGUUAAUUAAUACUACCUCUAGCUAGUCAUUUCUUACUAGCUGUCAUCUAAGGUUACUUUAAUCCUAUUUCAGAAGGAUGCUUUCAAAAUGUAAAAUUAUUUUGUUUCAGUAUUUAUACUAUACUCCUUUGAAGUUUUGGGGAAGCUACUAUACAAUUUAAAAAUCUGCAUGAUUUGUGA